AUGCGAGAAAGAAUCCGUUGCCCAAUGUACCCAAUCGGCUCGUUUGCAAGCUUUAGCCAAAGUGAAUCCAUUGACCAUUUACAGUCAGUUUCAAUGAGUCUCUGGAAAGAAGAGGAUGCUUGUGUAGAAUGGCUGAAUGACAAGGAACCUAAGUCAGUUGUGUAUGUGAAUUUUGGCAGUGCAACAGUUUUAACACACAAUCAACUCAAUGAGUUCUCUUGGGGUCUUGCGAAUAGCCAAAGGCCUUUCAUAUGGGUCAUUCAUGAAGAUCCCGUAAUUGGCGAAUCGGCAACGAUAGGAAAAGUAUUUGUCGAAGCAACCAAAGAAAGAGCGCUAAUCUUGAGAUGAUGUAACCAGAUGAAAGUACUGUCACACCCUGCAGUUGGUGGCUUCCUUACCAGUGGAUGGAAUUCUACAUUUGAGAGCAUUAGCAGUGGGAUGCUGACCAUAUGUUGGCCUUUUUUUGCCGAUCAACAAACAAAUUGCUGGUACGUUUACAAGGAAUUGGGCAUUGGUAUGGAGAUAAACAAUGGUGUUAAGAGGCAGGAUGUGAAGGAAUUGAUAAGGGAAUUGAUGGGAGGAAAGAAGGGUAAAGAGAUGCAGUUAAAGGCCAAGAAAUUGAAGGAGAGCUCAAAAAGUGCUCUUCAAAUUGGAGGCAGCUCAUAUGAUAACUUUGAGAGGCUAUUAAAGGAAAUGCUUCUAGAGAAACAUUAA